CUUAUGAGACCCUCUGAACCGCUGACAGGAAUUCUCAACAUGUUCGUAGCGGUCAUUUUUAUACCGGUUGUAGCCGCAAACGCCUUUACAGAAAGCAGAUCGAAGCGAGUUCCGGAAAUAAGCGAAAGAUAUACGCCGGUAAAAACCUACAUGAUAUUUGACCCCUGCAAUACCAACAAACCUGGCAACCGAACAGUAAGCUGUGCCCAGUUACGACGGAAGGGAUAUAAAAUUUCCGGAGAUUAUGUUAUCAGUCUUCACACAAAUUUCUAUGUGAGUUGUGACAUGGACACCGAUGGCGGAGGAUGGACAAUAAUCCAACGUCGGUCUUGGGACGAAGAGGAUGAAGACAAAUUCGAGAAAUCCGAAAAAGAAUAUGAGGAAGGAUUUUACGGAGGCGUAUCUUCGUACUGGAUAGGGAAUGAAAAUAUUCAUGCCCUCACGACCCAUCCAAAUAACGGACAAGUUCUCAGAAUCGAACUGACAAAGCAGAAUAAAGAAAAAAUUAUUGUAAGCUACGGUAAAUUUCAAGUCGGUUCCCAAAGCGACGGCUACAUGCUGACCUACGAUGGUUACUGGAGCCCUAAUGGUACUGAAUACGACGGCCUGGCGUUCCACAACAGAACCAAGUUUUCCGUCAUGAAACAGAACGAGAGGGUAGACAGUUGCUCAAAAUCACGAAGAAGUGGUGGCUGGUGGUAUCCGCCUUUUGGUUGCCUCUUUUCGAAUCUUAAUGGGCGUAAAUUCAAAAGUAGUGUUCCGCAAAAUAACAUGGGCCAUGGUAUUACCUGGUACAAAAUAGGCGAUAUGAGUUCCCUCCAAGACGUCUACGAAAGUGUGGAGAUGAAGGUCAGGGAUGCCGAUUAUAAAUUCUGCACGGGCGAAAUGGCCACUAUGUUCUCUUACACCUAA